AGUUUUCAGCCAAAGUAGAUAUUACUCUCAGUUCCACUGAAAUCAUUCUAGUCAGGUGAAAAAGUUUUUAAUUAUUUUUUAAUUAUUUUUUACGUUCAUCACUGUUUAUUAAAAAUGAAAUUCUUAGUGCUAUUUUCCUCUUAGUUUUUGUAGAGUAAAAAAAUAAUGUUCAUUUCAACUUUUUACUAUUCUUUUCCUCUGGCACUUUUCCUCUCAAUUUAUCGACCUUAAAUUACUCUAUGGGUGUGACUAAAAGAUAUUAAUAGAGAUCAAUAUUUACUCUAGGUUGAGCUAAAAUGUUACCAAUCAAGUGGAACAUAAGUUUUUGUUAGUAACUCCAUGUACCCUACACAAAAAAAGAAAAGAGACUAAAUAUUACUUUGAUUAUACUAGAGACUAGAAAUAUAUGAUUUUACUCUAGAUAUUUCUCUCUCUCAUAUUUUCAUCUUUUACAUUUUCCACUAAGUUUUACUUUUUUAUUUACUCUCAUUUUUUUUACCAAUCACACUCUAUAUUGCGCUAGUUUUUUCCAGUCAGACUCGGAGAGAGAGAAGGAAAAACUAGUAAAUGUUUUGUCAACCCUAUCCUUUCAAUCCCGUAUAGAUAUCUCUAAUAAAAGGUUUGGGAACUCUAAUAUUCAAUCCCGUAUAGAUAUCUCCAAUAAAAGAAAUGGGUAAAAAGGAACCAAAAUUUAUAGAAAGUGUACUAUUUUUUAUUUCAAGAAGGCUAGCCUUUUCUCCUUCAUAUAUAUCUGAAAAUGACUUGUCUUUUAGUUCUUCAAUUGAGAAAAAACAAUGGUGCUAAGUUUGCCAUGUGGUGAUACUCACUUAUGGUAUUCAUUUAUAUGAGUGAUUCCAUAGGCUCCAGCUUUUCUUGAUUCAGAAACACAAGAAAGGAAAUAGAUCAGAAAAAAAAGACAGUUCUUUAAAGCCAGAGGCAGCGAGAGACACAGAGGGUAAAGAGAUUAGAAGAAGCCGAGGUCGUAAAGUUAUAAUAAAGAAAAAGCUUAGUUAACUUUUUGUGUUGGCAAUGGAGUCUCCUAGUAUACAUGGAGGUGCUGAGGAGAAGAGUAGUUGUGAAUCAGGAUGGACCAUGUACAUAGAAGACACGUUCCAUGGGAGCCAUCACUCUGAAGAAUACAAUGACGAUAAUGGUGAUAAUUUCCGUGUAAAAGAAGUCGAUGAUGAUGGUGAUGAUGAUAGUAGUAAAAAUGGGAGCGAUGACUCCAUGACUUCUGAUGCAUCUUCAUGGCCUAGCACUCAGCUUCCAAGGAACACCAAGAAUCAUGCAGAGGCGAAGAAUAGUAAUGCCAAAAAAGUCAAUCAUCAGACAAAGAACAGAGCUAGCGAAAAAUCCAGCAACCAAGAAGAAGAAUCUGAGUUCAAGGCUAGAACAAGAACCAAUGCAGCUAGCCGUGUACGAAGUAGAGACAAGGUGAGCAAAACGAAAUAAGACUCAUUAAUACAUGGUUUUUAGUUUCCAUUGCUAUAUCCAAUGUUCUCUUUGGCUCAAGGAAAAAGUUUUCUAGAGCUGAUAUCAAAAUCAUGUAGUUUUUUUUUUUUUUCAUUUGAGAUGUUAUUUUGUAAUUGCAUUGCUUUCUUUAACAGGAUUAUGUAUUUUUGCUAAAAGCAAAUCCCGUUCCUGUAACUUUAACAGGAUUAUAUGUACCUUAUCCGCACAUACUCCGUUCUAACACAAAGGGAACGAGUUCUUUAAUCAGUGGCCAUUCAAAAGCAAAACAAGUAUACUAAUUAAUCACUCAUCAUUCAAACAGUAAUCAGAUCCAGACAUUUGUGUUUCAGAUAAAACAAAGAAGUUGAUGACAAACAGGAGUUUCUUAGGUUUACCAAAUGGUUCAAUUGGUGUGGCCCCAAAGUAGCUAACACAGCUUAGCUUUGCCUGGCAAGAGAAAGUUCUUCCGCUUUCAAUGCCUUCACAUGAUUCUUUUUUUUUUCCUUCAAAAGAACAAAUAUCAAUCAUUCAAGAUAUUAUCAACUUUCACAAAACUCUUCAUUAAUUAGUAAUUACUAGUAUUUUACAUGAGGCGAAGAGUAAGAUAAUAAUCUAACCUAUACUAAAAGGAGCAUAUACUGAUCAGAGAGCCUGUCCACGUAGGACAUUAAAAUCAUCCAAUCAGGAGAGUCGUUUUUGACACAUCAGCAAAACCUUAGAAAUGUGGGCUUCGUUUUUUUUUAUCUGAUUUUUUCUAUGGGCUUUUUAUGUUUUCUCUAUCAAAGUCCAGAUGUCAUCAGGGUUUUCUUCUUUUUUUUUUACGAUCAGAAGAGUGUCGCGUGACUCUUCACAUCUCACCACCUCCGGCAGUGUCUCUGUAACGGCCUGAGUUUUCGUCACCUGAAUACAUUAAUCCAUUCAAUUACGUCUUAUAAAUCACUCAUCCCACUCUCUCGAAUUAAAUCGACCAUAUUCUUCGUGUCGACAUGCUAUUCCAUGACGAGCAGGUAACUACGGUGAGAAACCACCGUGAUUUAUUAGUUUUGUACGUAUUUAACAAUUUUGAUAGUCCGAUCAUAUUAUUGGUUUGUCAAACCGAUGAACCUAAGCAUUGAUUCUCAGGUUACAGAGAGCUGCUCACUUAGGAUUGAAUCAGCGCGAGGAUGUCAUCGACGUUUAUACGAAGGGGCUUGAUAUCGAUCCAAACAACGUAGCUUUAUAAUUAUGUUUGGCAGACGCUCAAGGCUUUGCGUCGAGUCCACACACCAUCUUGAAUCCGUUUGGGGAUGGUUCCAAUGGCUAGAGAUGUCGGAGAAACUAACGGCUGAAUAUUCAGCUAGAGGACUCAGGCGGGUGAAGCAGCGGCGGAUCAGGAGGAUAAGAUGGUUGUGCCUCCAAGGAAGGAGCAUGGAGUACAGAAGAAAUAAGACCCGCAGCAUGAACCUGGGCCGAACUUUGGAGAAGGAAAGGUAAAGCUUUAAACAAGAAUGGAGAAUUUUACAUACAAGGACGUCGAAACAAUAUCAGGAAUUACUCAGCCAUGGAAACUGAUGAUGAAUAAAUCUCUUUAUCACAAAUCGUGCUGCUGUUCAUCUGGAGAUGACAAAGGUAUAAUAUUUAUGUAUAUGUGUAUAGUUUUCUCUAUAUUAGUCUACAGUUUUUAUGUGAUUUACUUGGUACGUGGUUGAGUUUAAAUGUGUUCAUGUUUGAUUCAGUAUUAUGAGUGAAUCAAUAUAUAGUUUUUAUGUAUAUUAGUCUAUAUUGAUUUGUUUGGUACAUGGUUGAGUGUUAAUAUGAUCAUGUUUGAAUCAGUAGAAUGAGUGAAGGUAUAGUUUCAUUGAUGCCACUGAAUAUGCCAGUGAGAUGCAAUUAACUCAGGUAGCUAGCUUAAUUUUUACUAUAUUUGGUUGAUGAUUUGUGUUUUUGUUGGUUCACAGGUGGAGAUUAAGAAUCUGAAUGUGCUUUAACCGAUUACCAACAGGGCCAAGCCAACGAGAUAAUGGGAGAAGUAACUCAGGUAGCUAGCUAAAUUUUCUUGCAUAACGUCACCUUAGUUUUAAAAUUUGGAAAUGAAUAUUAGUACCCCACAUCGUUUAUAUAGAGAAUUGUCUUUAUGCUUGAGUGUAUUUGAUGCCCUAGCUGUUCUGCUUGAUGAGAAAUUAGCAAGAUCAGGUGUGACCAAAGGUGGCCUGUGGCCGUAUCGACAAACGCUAGCCUCGAGUUAGUUGGAGUUAAAAAAAGAUCUCUUAAGUCCCACACGUUUGUAUCUCAGUUGAAUAUUUUACAUUGUUUUACUCUGUGUAAUUCCAUGUCUGUUUUUCAUAAAUGCAACCUCUGGAACACAUUUUUAUUUUACCCAUAAAUGUGAUGCUAGACAAAGUUACUUGAAACGCAAGGCCUAUAACAUAUUUUUGGUUUGUUAACCCUCUUCACUAAAUCGUUUAACAUCUGAGAGCACUGACUAUUGUUUGUUAUUGUUCAUGGGCAGGGAGCUAAUGGCUUGCCUGGUGCUGGAGCUGAUAAGACAAUCCUCUCUCCUGUUGUGAAGAGAGUUGUGCAACAAACACAAAAGGCUGUACUGUUGAUGGUGUGGUCGAGAAAGGGAACAGCUAGGACAGAUCCACCAACUGACCCCCUGUUGAUGCCAGAAACACUGGAAGAAGAACCAGCUCUGGAGGAUUGUCACUCCGCUAAGAAGACCUGCAUAAGACUUAAGUCUGACCUAAGGAGUAAAUGAAUUUGCGUUAAAACUUCUCAUUCUCAACCUUUUUUAUUUGAGUUUUUCUUCUUCUAAGUUUUAGUUUAUUUCUUUAAUCAACAAAAGUUUUAGUUAAUUUCAUGGGAAGUCUACUUUAUCAGGUUAUUAAUUAAAUAAAUAAAAAAAAUUUUCACUUUCAAAUUUGUGUACCUUUGAGAAUUGAUUUAAGAGGUUAACCUUAAGCUCCAUUAUACCAAUGGUAAAAACUAUCUUAUAAUCAGGAAAAAUAAACCUUUAUAUAUAUGAAUGCCACCAUUGAAACAUCGCCUCAUCUCUAGAAACAGUUUCAAGGAGAUACAUCCCAAAAACUUGCGGCCAAAAAAGUGACAGCCACAAAGGUAGUUAUUCUGAGAAGCAGUUGAUUCUGAAUCGAUUGAUUAUGUACAUUCUUUAAGAACACAUCAAAGUCAGAGACUCAGAGUUUCUACAUGAAACAAGAAUAAUAUAACCCCAAAACUGGAUUUAAGUUUGAAUUGGCUUGGAGUUGGUGUAUUAAUUUAUUAUUGUGAAAAAACUAGUUAUUGUAAUAAUAUGAAAUUAUUACUUUAUAUUUUUUCAACUAUAUGAAAUUAGUUAUUGAAAAAUAUGAUACUCUUGGAAAAAAUGUAGCUAUUCUUACUUUAUAUUUUUUCAACUAUAUGAAAUUGAAAUAGAAAUCAAAUAAAAAAUAUAAAUCAUUUUAUUUUUCUUAAUUUUUUAUUUAAUAAUUUUGCGUUCUCUAACAAAAAUAUUGUUAGUGGUUUUUUCAACUCAAACCAACAAAAUAAAAUUUACAAUAUGCGAGGGCUAAUAAACAAGAAGCCGAGAACUUCUAAAGACAAUAUGUGAGGGCUAAUAAACAAGGCAAUGAAGGACAUGAUUAUGAUUAGUUCACUCAAGUACAAGCCAAAUCAUAAGUUGGAAGAGUUAUUAAGAAGAUGGUUUGAAGUAACAACUUAUGAGAUUUACAUCUAUAGAACAGUUUUUCAGUUCUUAAAAAUGUCUGAUUUUUACAUAACAUUCUUUUGAUAGUUAAAAAAAUGAUCUUAGGAUAAAAUAGAUUAUAUUUAUUAUUUUUAGUAUAAAAUAAAGUCUCAAUGUUUUAUAAAAUUAAAAUAUAUUUAAAUAUAAAUAGUUUUAAUGUAAACUCAUCCGCCCGUAGGGCGGACCAAUCCCUAGUAAUAAUAAUAAUACUAAUACUAAUACUAAUAAUAAUAAUAAUAUAUUUACGAUAUUCUUAAAAUGUGUUUUACCGAUUAUAAUUUUGAAGAUAGAUAUUUUUAUGGAAUUUAAUUAUGUGACAAGUUUUUUGGGUUUCUCACUUAAAACUAAUUGGUAGGAAAUGAAGUGGUCCAUAUCUUUUAUAUAUUACUCAAGUUCCUAACAUAUUUUCAAUGUUGGAUUUUCUCUCCAACAUUUUCCCGCGAGAGACAAUGCUUUAUUUUUCUAGUAAUUUCGAAUGAAUUGAACUUUUUUUGGGUCAUCAAUUCGUGGGAUGAUUAUGUCACUUUCUGAAUAGGAUUAAUGAGUCAGGGUGUUGGUCUGCUCUGAUACCAUGACAAGUUUCUUUGGUUUCUAGCUUAAAACCAACUAGAUCAUGACCCGCGCUUCGGAAGCGCGGGAUAUUUUAUUCAAAAUUCUAUGAACAAUGUUACAAAUAUUUUUUUAAUUUAUAAAUUUUUUGUCUAUUUAAUAAUUGGCAUUUAAAUCAACACUUUUAAAUCUAACUUAUACCCUCGAGCCGGUAAACCUGUUAAUCUGAUAUGUAAUCCAAUUUAGAUUGGUUAAAGGGUAAUGGGUUAAGAAGUUUGACUUGAAUCCAUUUUGAAUAUAUCAUAUAGUAUGGCUAUAUAUAUAAUUAAUUGGUUACAGAGUAAUAUACUGCAUGGUGAUUAUCUCAUAGACUUAUUGGAUGGUGGUUAUGAAAUCUCAAAAUUAGACAUUAUUGCACGUUGUUUAUGAAAUCGAUUGGGCAAGAUUUUUUUUUUGAAUAUAAGGCAUAUGGACCAACUGAUAAAUAAAUGCAUAUAAGGUAUUAAGUUAGCAAAAUAGAAUAAAGAAAUAAUUUACUAAUAUUAAUUGUUAACUAAUAGAAUCAGAAAAUAUAUCAUAUCUAAUAGUAAGUCCAACUUAAAAUCCACCUAGAAAAAGUCACAAUGUUUCUGUUUUAAUAAGAUAGAUUAGUAGUAAGUGAAAUGAACAAUUUAUCUUAUAGAUUACUCAAUUUCUUUACAUAUUUUCAAUGUGGGAUCAUCUCUCUAAUAUUAUGUAUUUUUGAUUUUAUUAGUACUUUAUUGAGUUUUUUUUUAGAUUUUAGAUCAAUUUAGGGUAAAAGUAGGCAUUUUUGUGUCAACGAACUAUAUAUAGUUGUGCAACAUGUGUCACAAAUUAGCCACUGGAUGACUUCCCACCGAGUGAUCAGGAUAUGUUUUAUACAAAAACUAUAUAAUUGAAUUAUUUUUCUUAUGGGGUUUGAGAUUUGAUCUAACGAUGCGAUUCCCUAAAAAAUAUGCACAUUUUAUUCAAAACUGAUCCGGACACAACAUAGAUCAAAAGUAAGAACAAUGUAAAAAAAAAAAAAGUAAGAACAAUGUAGCUU